GAUUUCAACUCCAGGCAGCCCUCCCAGCCAUGUGGGUUUAGCCAAAUCAGAAGCAAAACCACACUUCCGAAAAUGUUGGGAGCCGCUCUCCGCUCACCGUGGGGCCUCUGGAUCUGGAGCCGUGUUUCACAUCGGAGCAUAUCGACCGAAUGGAAUUCUGGCGUUUUGCUGUCAUUUUGAUGUUUUCAUCCAGUCUUCAUCAGAUCUACUGGGUACUUCCUGCGAGAUGGGAGCUGGAGCUCUCACCAUCUGUCAAAGUAACGCAGCAGUUCGGCUGAAAGAAGACAUGAAAAAGGUUGUGACAGUGCCACUAAACGAGCAGAGGAAUUCCACCUACACCAAGUUAUUUGGAGUCAGUCUCCAGGACCUCCACCAGCAGGGGCUGACUGAGAACGGCGUUCCAGCUAUCGUGGGGCGCAUAGUGGAGUACUUGACCGUGCAUGGACUCACCCAGGAAGGCCUUUUUCGGGUGAAUGGCAACGUCAGGGUGGUGGAACAGCUUCGAUGGAAGUUUGAGAGUGGGGUGCCUGUGGAGCUGGGGAGGGACGGCGACGUCUGCGCGGCGGCCAGCCUGUUAAAGCUCUUCCUGAGGGAGCUGCCGGAGGGCGUGAUCACCUCGGCACUGCAGCCUCGGUUCAUUCAGCUCUUUCAGGAUGACAGAAAUGAUGCUCAGGAGAGUAGCUUAAGAGCCUUAAUAAAAGAGCUGCCAGACACCCACUACUGCCUCCUCAAGUACCUUUGCCAAUUCUUGACAAAAGUAGCCAAGCACCAUGUGCAGAACCGCAUGAAUGUUCACAAUCUCGCCACUGUAUUUGGGCCAAAUUGCUUUCAUGUGUCUCCUGGGCUUGAAGGCAUGAAAGAGCAAGACCUCUGCAACAAGAUAAUGGCUAAAAUAUUAGAAAAUUAUAAUACCCUGUUUGAAGUGGAGUAUGUAGAAAAUGAUAACCAGAGGUGUGAAAACAGAGCGAGGCUUAUCAUAGUAAAAGAGGCCAAUUGUAAGAACAUCCUUCUAACAAAAGACUUCGUAAGAGACACACAAAAGCCAUCUCCAAAAACCAAGAUCCCAAAAUCUAGGAGUGAGGGAUCUAUUCGGGCCCACAGGGUACCGCAACCAGAGCUGUCUGAUGGCGUUCCUCAGGUCAGCCUGCAGCUAAGUCAGAGAAAUUCCUGCUGGGAUGACAUGAAUUCAGCAGAGGGUGCUAAUGCUGCCAAAUUGCUAUCCAGUUCGCAGGAAGAUGAAAGACCUAUGUCACCUUUCUAUUUGAGUGCCCACGUAUCCCAAGUCAGCAAUGUGUCGGCAACGGGAGAACUCUUAGAAAGAACCAUCCGGUCAGCUGUCGAACAACAUCUUUUGGAUGUUAAUAGCUCUGGAGGCCAAAGUUCAGAGGACUCAGAAUCUGGAACAUCAUCAGCAUCUUUCUCCACAUCCACCAAACAGCGACGACGCCAGUCCAAGGAGCAGGAUGAAGUUCGACAUGGCAGUGACAUUUCAAGGGGACUUAUCAACAAAGAAAAUAUUCCUUCUGGGUUCAACAACCUUGAUGAAUGUAUUUUGAAUGCUCAUCAUGAAGUGGAAAAAUUACAUGAAAAUACUUCUGGUUAUAUUGGAGAAAGGGGCAAACCGAAACGUCAGAAAUCCAGUUCCAGACUUUCUGAGCUCAGUGAACAUCAAGAUAGUCUUGUGAAUAUGGAAAGUCUCAAUCCCACACCAUCUCGUGAAAGGAUGGGACCUCAUGAUGUUGAGCUGACGUCCGAUGGAAGCAAAGAAAAUGAAAAGGACUGCAGACAGACCCAGCAUUCUGAGGACCCCACCAUGAAGAUCCAGGAGCGUCCCAGCCUACCUGACAGCAAGCUGCAGAGGACUGCAAAUGCUGAUGACCAGCAAGAGAGCUUUGUCUCCGGAGUGCCGGAGCUGGACCUGACUGCAUUGUGCGAUGAGAAGAGCUGGGAAGAGCCCACCCCUGCUUUCUCCUCGUGGCAGCGGGAGAGUGUACACGCUGACGAAGCACGCCUCUCCCCGCAGGCAGGGCGCCUGAUUCGGCAGCUCCUGGAUGAGGACAGCGGCCCCAUGCUCUCUCCCCGCUUCUACGCUUACGGGCAGAGCAGGCAGUACCUGGACGACACGGAAGUGCCUCCUUCUCCCCCCAAUUCCCAUCCUUUCAUGAGGCGACGCAGCUCCUCUCUGGGCUCCUAUGACGAUGGGCAAGAGGACCUGACACCUGCACAGCUCACGCGAAGGAUUCAGAGCCUGAAAAAGAAGAUCCGAAAGUUUGAAGACAGAUUCGAAGAAGAGCGGAAGUACAGGCCUUCCCACAGCGACAAAGCAGCCAAUCCAGAGGUUCUGAAAUGGACAAACGACCUUGCCAAAUUCCGGAAACAACUUAAAGAGUCAAAACUGAAGAUAUCGGAAGAGGACCUAAGCCCCAGGAUGCGGCAGCGAAGCAAUACUCUCCCCAAGAGUUUUGGCUCCCAGCUUGAGAAAGAAGAUGAGAAGAAGCAAGAGCUGGUAGAUAAAGCCUUAAAGCCUAGCGUCGAAGCCACGCUGGAGUCCAUCCAAAGGAAGCUCCAGGAGAAGCGGGUGGAAACCAGCCGUCCUGAGGACAUUAAGGAUAUGACCAAAGACCAGAUUGCUAAUGAGAAAGUGGCCCUGCAGAAAGCUCUGUUAUAUUAUGAAAGCAUUCACGGACGGCCGGUGAGCAAGAAUGAGCGGCAGGUUAUGAAGCCGUUGUACGACAGGUACCGCCUGGUCAAACAGAUCCUGUCGCGAGCCAGCACCGUCCCCAUCAUUGGUUCCCCUUCCAGCAAGCGGAGAAGCCCUUUGCUGCAGCCAAUUAUCGAGGGCGAAACUGCUUCCUUCUUCAAGGAGAUAAAGGAAGAAGAGGAGGGUUCAGAAGACGAUAGCGGCACAAAGCCAGAGUUCACCGUCACCCUGAAGACCGAUUUCAGUGCACGUUGCUUUCUGGACCAAUUUGAAGAUGUCACUGACGGCUUUAUUUCCCCGAUGGAUGAUAAAAUGCCAUCAAAAUGCAGCCAGGAUACCGGACUUUCAAAUCUCCAUGCUGCUUCGAUACCAGAACUCUUGGAACACCUUCAGGAAAUGAGAGAAGAAAAGAAAAGGGUUCGAAAGAAGCUUCGUGAUUUUGAAGACAAUUUUUUCAGACAAAAUGGAAGAAACGUCCAGAAGGAAGACCGCACCUCUAUGGCUGAAGAAUACAACGAAUACAAGCACAUCAAGGCAAAACUGAGGCUCCUGGAGGUGCUUAUCAGCAAGAGAGACACUGAUUCCAAGUCCGUGUGAGAAGGCAGCCCUACCCGAGCCAAGGGGGCUGGGGAUGCAGGGUGAAUGUGCCCCCCACCUCCCCUGGCAGAUAGCAGCUCUGCAGAAACUGGAAGGCAGCCUUGGAGCUGGACCUACAAAGAGAGUAGCUCUUCUGCCUCUGGGCCACUGGGAUCGUCUCCAGUUUCCACUGCCUGCCUUGGACACCGCCUAGAUGGAAAGAGCCCACCUGCCCUCAUGUAGGAGUUGUGUAAGGGAAAGUCGAGAUCUCCGUGCACCCGAGCGCUCACAGACACACACAGACGCUGUAGCGGAAGCUUCGCUGACAACUGGCAGCGACGAAUCACUACACUGAGACACAGUCACCUACAGAGGAUACGCACUGUUCUUCUCUGGACAACUGAGAAGCAGCCUGUUCUCUGUCGGACUGUGACAGAAACAAGCUCAGGACUUCACUCUGGAGAGCGAACUUGCUGUGCACAUUCUGUGCAGGUGCCCAAGAGAGCACGGGCUGUCUUUGGACCCAGUCAAGUGGGAACCUGCAUUGGAGCCCUAUUUGCUGCCUCGACCGUCCUUGUGACCUUUCCACAGAGCUGCGCCUUUCCCCACUCGUGUGAAUCGCUUCCCCUUUAGCUCUCAGGUGGAUGGAAGCCGCGUCUGCCCAGAAUGGCCGUGCAGUCCUCUAUUUGACCGUGUGUUUCUUCACGACGUGCCCAGCUGAUAGAGAACUGUGAUCCCUGACUAGGGCUGGACCAUCUGCAGAGGACAGAGGGGAUAGAGAAGUAGCUAAUAUUUGUGCUGAUUUUUAAAUUAGGCAGCGGUGAAGAGCCUGGAGAAUCCUUUCCUGAACGUUGACUGCACUUAUUAGCCUCAGAUUUUAACAUCAAACACUGAGCGAGGCCAGCAGCCUAUUUGGGGUUUGGUUUUGUUUUGGCUCUAGCCGAACAAAAGGGUCUUGCUUAAUUCUUAGCUUGAGUGUAGAGGAUCGUGAGAGAGAAGGAGCCUCCUGAGUACUUACCAGAGUUUUCAUUUUUUUUUCAUUUUUUUUAAGUAAACCUGCACUAAAAAUCUCCUGAAGGGUAAGUAUAGCCCUGAGAGCUCAGCCUAAGACAGAAUCUAAAUCACACUGUUUUCAAGAUCGUGUAUAAAGAGAAAAAAAAUAAUGGUGUAUAGCCAGUGAUGAUUAUCAUUUUUUCAAAGACGGUGUCACAAAACUGUCUAUGUUAGACAUUUUGGAGGGACCAGGGAAUUGAAGACACCAAAUCAUUCAUCUCUCCAGUGUGCCGAUGUUAUCUUGUGAUUUGUUGUUACUUUUUGACUUUCUGUGUUUGCGCUGAGGAAAGUGGGUCCUGGUGCCGCCUGCCCAUCCUGGCCCACGUUUCUGCUCUGUGAGGUUGAGCACAGGUGUCUGCCCACCAGCCGCUGGUUGCCAAGAGAAGGUGUUUCAGCAGGCUCUGCCUUUUGAAGAUAAUGUUGCGGGAUGAACAGGACAGCAAAGGGUACCAUUUUGUUUUCUUUAAUAAUAACAACAAGGAUAAAACUCCUUCCUGAUCAGUUGUCAGUUUCCAAAAUGGGUUCUUGAGAAACUGUCUGGUCAAAUUGGAUUUGUAGCAGCAUUUUCCAUUGUUGAGGUGAAGUAGCAGCUCUCUGUCGGUUGAAAAUCGUUGAAGUCAGGAGUAGGGGAAAAAGAAUACGUUUAAAUUUGCUCUUAAAAAUAAUCAUCCAAAAGCAUGAGCUAUAUGUUGAAAGUGCCCUGGUUGAAUCCACGUACUUAAAGACGGUACAUAAUCCUGCAAUAUAGAUAUAGCUUGGUAUUCUUUGCCUUACUGUUUACAUUGCAGAUUGCUAUAAUUUCAAGGAGUUAUAUUAUAAAUAAAAUGAUGCACUUUAGGACGUUUCUAUUUUUGAAAUCUGAAGAUGAAUCAUUCACAUGACCAAAAAUUGUAUUUUUUAAAAGAAAUACAUGUCUAGUUCGUCCUUUUUAAGUAAUCUCUUACAUAAGCUAUAAUGUAAAUCACAUCAUUACCAGUUAACUUUCAAAGCACAUCUGUCUAAGAGUAUUGUUUUGAAAAUACUAAUAUGCUAUAGAACUUUAAAAGAGAAAAAGUUAUAUAAAUGAGAAGCUACUAAAUGUUUUGAAAUCUCUUGUUUCUGCCAAAGGUAAAUUAAGUAAAAGAUUGAUUCAGGAAUCCCCAUUCAAAUUUGUAUGAUUGAAUAAAAGACGACAGCAAGUUAUAGUAAAAUGUGUAUGGAAUGUCAUGUUUUCCUUUGUAAUUUAUAAUAAUAUACUUCCUAGAAUGGUGCCCAAAUUAAGGGAGGGAAGCCCUGUUUACAGGAGAUUCUAUCUGAAGACAGGUUAGUCCAUAGGUUCUGGCUCUGCCAGAAAUGCUGAGGUAAAUUUGUUUCCAUAGCAACCAUUUUUUGCAGCCCAGAGUCUCAAGGCCCUAGAGGCAGUGUCUUAAUUGGCUUAACACAGAAUACUCCGGACUGCGGUUUUUCCUUUGCUCUGUGGGGAAUGUGUGUGUGUUUGAGCACGUGCCAACAAAAUAAAUGUCAAGGGUUAUGUAAUAACAAUGAUAAGUAGAAGCAAAGCAUGAAUAAACUUGGCCGUGCGCUUGUGAGAAUCAGAGAUAGCAGAGGCUUGUAAUUUCCCAAGCAUUUGCUCUUUAUUGUGUUUUAGCCUGGAGCAAGCCUUGAAAUAGAUAUUUAUAUUAAGUAUGUUAUCAUUACUGCAUUUCAUCUUUGAAGCGUUGAGUUCGUAUUUUCCUUUUUAGACAGGUAUGUGCGAGGUUUAGGAUAAGGGCCCGCUGAGAAGUUUUUCAGGACAGCCGAAGUUUGUCUUGGUGCUGGUAGAAGGAAGUCUGCACAAUCUCAGUGAUCUCCGAUUCAGGGAAAAGUCCCAUGAAAGAACACAUCACAUUUCAGGCUGGAGAACUAUUUUUUUUAAUUGCUAGCUAUAAUUUAUUGUGAGCUAAUAAGUAGAUGGCUUUUGUUGCUGGUUUGAAGUCAAAAGGUUAUUAUUCAUUGGCAAGGCAGGGAUCAGCAAUGCCUCUAUAUACAACAUCAGUGUGAUUUUUGCUUUCUCUCAUCCUGAUGCAACACUUGCGUGGUGGCAGAAGAGCCUGUUAUAGGGUGUGCCUGCUCCCAGGUGUGUCAUUUCUAGCCCAGGACAAGUGCCUCAGGGUUGUGCCUUGUGCUUAGAAUUCCUUAUAAGGUGACUGUUAAGUUUAUUAUCAGAAUCAAAGGGCAGCCAUGGUGCCAGUUAAGUUGGUUCCUUCUGGGACUGCCUAAUUCUCAGUAGACAGAAUUGAGCCCUGUAUCCAGAACUGAUCACAGAUUUAUAAGGAAAAUCAAAAUUUAAAGUUUGUUGAUGAAUUUUUUAAGAGAUUCUUAAUCUGAUCAUGAAGAUGCCAUCUUUCUUAAGGGUAUAUUUCUUAAGGCUGUAUACCUCACUACCUUUGAUGGUAUAUUUAUAGCUGAACGCCAUCAUCUCUUUUAACUGCCUUGUGAAAAUCUGGUUGUAGUCUAAAUUGGUUUUGCUUUCAAGACGGGUCUUCCUGACACACUGCAUCCUCGGGGGGGGGGGGGUUUCUCCCGAGGUGGGGAGAGGUAGUUUCUGCACCCAGGUCAGCACCUCUGUGGUAUUCUUUCCUAGUAUCCACUUGGUUAAACCGAUAGGGAGGGACAAAACUGGGCUAAAACGUUAAAGCAGUGUUUCCUCGGAAGGCCGUGGGUUUAGCAGAAGCCGGAGUGUGCUUGCUUUUUCUUUGAUUAAUUCCCUUCUGUUAUUUUUUUUUCCCCACCUGACCCUCAAAAUCUACUGAAGGGUACAUUUUGUCAAAAGAUAGGCUAAACAUGUGUUCAAAUCUGUAGGUACUGAACUUGUGCAUACUGGCACUUCUUCACAGGGCAGCUGACACAGCAAGCUCCAAGAGAUGGUGAUCUACGUGUCAGCCGCUGCACCGUGGCAUCAGCCACUUUCCAGAGUAGAGAUCGCGCCCUUGGGGCAUCCACACUCUUCCACCGUGAUCCCUCAUAACAGAUGUAUGUGGAUAAGCUGAGGUCAAUUGCAGGUACACACAGAUGUGUAUUAAAAUGAAAUCUAUACAUCUACAUAUUGCUAUGAAAGUGCAGGUAUGUCUCUAGAGGAUCUCAUUUUGUCUGGAAUCCAGCCAGUCGUGGCCACGUGCGCAGCUUGAGAAAUCGAUUCGGCAGAUCUCGCUCUCAGUCUGAAAGCACCUAUACAAUCAUGAAAAUCUCCGAGUGGAUGCAGUUUUAGUAAAUAACAUGGGCCCAGAACAAUGUUUACAUGACAUGUAAGCAGAAAGUAUUUGAAAUUAGUUGUUCCUUUUUUAAAAUGUAAACUGAAUGAAAAUAUGUUAUGUACAUUUUUGUACAUGGCUGUAUUUUGUAUGAACAUAAAUAAAAUAUUUUUAAUUGUGAAUGUCCUGAAUUUUUUGACAGU